CCUUUCACACUCUCUUUCGUAUCUCUUCCUUAAAGCCCCUCUAUCUGGCCCCUUCGAAAGCUUCACAGAUCUUGUAUGUUUUAAUUUCUUGAUGUAUACGUUUCUCUGAAUGUGUAAAUUUUUGCACGAACCACAAAGUUACGAUAAAACAGGGGUUUUUCGAUGGUUUAAAACCCUUCCUUUAGCACCAGAGUUUUAUCCAACCCUUGAAGAGUUUAAAGAUCCAUUUGGCUUGCCCAUUAGAGUGGGGGAGAAAGAAUGUUCUUUCUACAUGAGAACUGGUUCAUGCAAGUACAGGGAAAGCUACAGGUUUCGUCAUCCGGAUCCUACAGCAGCGGGAGGAGGUGACACUACUUUACCAGGUAGGCGUAGUUCUUCAGCAAGAACAAUAAUAAUCAUUCUGAAGAAAAUGUUAAUACAUUAUCUUCGAAUGGUAUUUACAGUGGAGCCUAAAGACUUUAAGUUAAUAUAUAUUUAAAUAACCGUGAUCCCUGGGAGCCACCAUUGUGGAUGAACUUAAAGGAAGACUCACCCCGACUCCUCCCGCAUGAUUAAACAUUCUUGGUGAACCACAUUUGUUGAUGACGGUGAUGAUGUAAUAACAUCAUAUAAGCUAGAUAUCGAUUGAGCGGGAACAGUUCCUGUACGAGUGGCCGCAAUGAUUGAUGGCUCAGUGUGGCAGAAGAGCCACUCAAUGGUCUCCCCAUGCGUAAAUGACUUAGGGCCAGAGUGUCUGCUCGCACUUCAGCCGUUAUGGAACUUGUAAGUUUGGGUCGUCCUGUAAGUACGAUCAUUCAGUUGGUGGCACUGCACCUUCUCAGAUGGGGCUGAUCACGGAAGAUUCACAAGAAGGCUGAAUGAGUCCCUUCCUUCUGAUACAUCCAUUUGAACAGACUAUGUGCACCUUUAUCACCUUCUAACCCAUUCAUAUCUGUCGAACUUACCUUCACAGCAUUUACUUGUGGGAGCAGAACUGAAUGCGAUUGAUCUUCAUGUUCCAAGAUUACAUUGUCAGAAGAAGCAUCACGUGUCUGAUCCUGAUCCUGAUUAAUUGGUGAUAAGACUUUGCCAAAGUCAUCGUCAAUACUGCCCUUGUAUUUUAUUCCUCAAUACAUAGUGAUUACAAAUACUUGAAAACUUUUUGUACUCGGAAGACUUUUGAAGGAUGGUGUGAUGUUUUCCACGUAUCAAGACUAUGGUUGCAGAAUAAUCGGAUGGUUUGUGAUAAUAGUAUAAAGUGACAUAUAUGUAAUUGCCAAAAACAUACUUAACAAACCAAUUCUCUAAUUUGUAUUUCUAAUUUAAGGUUAACUUCAAGAUUAAAACUUUGUGCAUUUUAUGUGGGGAAGCACUUAUAAACUUCUUCCAGGUCAUAGCAUUUUCUUAUAUAGAUAUAGAAUACCAAAUUUUAAUCACUGUAUAAGCUGUUACAUAUUAGUCUUCUUCAAUUUAGAAGGGUUUUAGCGUGAAUAACUGCAGUGAGUUAUGCUACUCUUGCUAAGAAGACUACGGUCAUGUCUCCGGAAGUAAUUGUUAAUGCUGGCAUUCCAUGUUACAGGUUGGUCCAAAAUCCGGGAGAAUUUGUCUUCACCUUUCCAAGGGCUUACCACUCAGGAUUCAGUCAUGGAUUCACUUGUUCGGAAGUUUCAAAUAUCGCAACUCCUGAAUGGUUGCAGUUCGCAGGAGAAGAUGAAAUUCGCCGGGCAGCAGUAAACUAUCCUCCAUUAGUUUCCCACAUCCAAUUGCUCAAUGAUCUUGCACCAUCAUUCUCUUCAGCGUGGUUCACUCUACAUGAAUUACAAAAUGUCGAAAAGUAUCAUAAUGAAAAGUCAUAUGCGAUAUGAACAUACAUACACUGUAUUCAUGUAUAUUAAAAACACCUUCUGUUAACUUUAACGGUACCUGUUAAAGUCAAAUACAUUGUUAACGGCGUUGAAAUGUUUUUUAUGGUUAAUCUCGUGAUUGAAAGUUUUUAGAUGCUUUAUUAUUUGAAUGAAAUUUUUUUUGACUCGGUUGGCCAACUGAAAGUUUUGAUCCAGUAGAGUGAUGAAAUAGAGCAUUAACCCGUAAUUUUACAUUCUCAGGGUACCAGUGAGCAUUGGACGAAGAAGUGAAGGGGAUUGCCCGGUAAAGAGGCUUUUUCUGCAACACGUGACGCAUAAUACCAACCUGCUGCAUACUCUUGGGAAAAGAUCUCCCACUAUACUUCGUCCCUGUGAUUUUAUCAGGAGAAAUUUUCCUGAAUUGCAUAAUGGUGCUAAUAUUCCCUUAUUAGCAAAAAAUUAAUUCUUCGUGCACUGCGACUUCUCAGAACCAUAACUUUUACACUCAAGAAAAAUGGACUUUUUUCAUGCUUAGCUUGUGGGGUUUUAUGUUUUUCUUGUGCUGCAAUCAUAGAACCUGCUGAAGUGGGAAAGCAUAAUCUUGUCAGCUGAUUAAGGCAAUAUCAGAGGUAGUGGUGUUGUUUCGGUCGUUGCUGCUAGUAAUUGGUGGUCUCGUUCCCCAGGAUAUGCUAACAAUGUUGUGCUGGAUUCCGGCUUAGGGCGGAUGGAAGAAUACAUCUUCACUUGCUCUUAUAGCUUUGACCUAUGAGGAUGCUUCCGACUCUGAAAGUGAACUGAGAGAAGUUUCUGGAUGAAACAAAAGUAAUGGCUGAUGAACUAGUACGCCACUAAAGAAGAUAAGGAGAGAAUCAAGUAAGCUUUAGAUAGUGAAGGGUCCAUCCAUGGGAAUGUUGACUGGGCUAAAAAUCUGGGGGCCGAUCUUUCUUACAGUACCCUACCUAAGUCCAACAUUAAAGAGGAAGGCUAUAUAUGGAUGAUCUUGAGCCGACCAAAAGAAGCAAAGAUAAACGUAUUAUACAAUAAAAGAGGACUUUCAAAAAUAAGCUCAAGGUAAAGCCAAUCCAGGAUGAGACACCUCUGCCUGAACACAAACAUGACUAGGGCACUAAAAAGCUAGAUGUCAAUAUUGAAUAUAAGUUGGAAGGUGCCCGAGCACUAGACUCCGGCCAAGAACUGAAAAGCAGACUCCAAAGGACCCCUGGACUUGUCGGGGAGAAACCCGAAGCAAAAAGUGCAUUGAUGAAGCAAACAUCCAGUAUAGAAGAACAAAAACAGCUUCUGGGAUCCAGGCUUCAGCUGGAAAAAGGUCCAGAAAAUCAGAGGUAGAGCAUUCUUGUGACAUUGAGGGCUGCCUGAUGAAAUUUGGCUCCAAAAAAGAGUUGGGGCUCCAUAAGAAAAAUAUUUGCUCAGUGAAGGGGUGCGGAAAGAAGUUGGCGUCACACAAGUAUCUGAUGGUGCACAAUCAGGAAGUGCAUCGUGAGGAUCGUCCCCUACAAUGCACUUGGGAAGGCUACACCUGGACAUUUAAAUGGGCUUGGGCUCGGACAGAACAUAUCGAGUUCAUACAGGUGUCCGUCCAUAUACCUGUGCUGAGACUGGCUGGCAAAACAUUUCGUUUUGUCAGAUUUCAGUCGCCAUAAGAGGAAGACCGGACACUCAAGGUAGCUAGAAGAAUGAGGACCGAAAGGCAUGAAGAAACAGAGAAACGAAGCGAGUUAACAUUAUCUAAGAACCUCGAUGCUCAUGUGCAGAGGUUGGUGUAGUUUCUAGUUUAACAUGUCCUUGGAAUGUCUUUGAUAUUAUAGUUGAUUUAGCCUUCUUAAUUUAGGAAACAGACUUAUCAGCCACAUUGAAAUGUGCACAAUGUUGUCUUACAUUAGAUGGUCGAAAUUUACGUAUAACUCUGGAGUACUGUAGUUCUCAUAUCUUGAUAUAUCAAAAAUAUGUAUUUAACUUUA